AUGCAAUAAAGUGAAUAAGGACCUGUGUGGUAAAUAAUACCUAAAGAUUUUGUGUAAUCCAAAGUCAAGUUUGAGGCAACAGUAACCAAAUUAGGAAAGAAACAACAUCAGAGACACCUUGUUAUUACUGAUAAACAUAUAUUAUUAUUCAAAGAAAAUGGAAAAUUCGCACACAAACUAUUGCCUUUGGAUUUUUCGACUAGAUUUGAGAUUUUUCGUGAUGCUCCAACUUUGAAAGCAAAUGUCUAAACAAAAAAAUCAACACCAAACACUCCUCAUACAAACCGACCUGACGUUGUGAAACCUGAGGAUAUUUAAACCUUAGGAGAUAUCUUGCAUAUAAGAUUGUCGGUUGAAUCUUCAGAGAAAUAUUGGGAUUUCACUAGUGAUCAAGAAACACUUAAAACAUUUAGAAAAUUGUUUGGUUAAAAAAUAAAUCAGAUGGGCUUUCAUCAUAUGUUUAAAGUGUUCAAAAAGAUUGGCAAAGGAAAUUUUGCAAGUGUGUAUCUAGCAGAGAGGGUAGAAGAUGGACAAUAAAUGGCAAUUAAAGCAUUUUCAAAAAAUGCAGUCUACGCAGAAGAAAAUGGGAAAGAAGGACUCAUCAAUGAAAUAACCAUAAUGAGAGAAUUGGAUCAUCCCAAUAUCAUGAAACUCUAUGAAGUCUAUGAGACAUAGAAUUCCUUGUAUAUGGGUUUGGAAUUAUUAUAGGGAGGCUAACUCUAUGAUAUAAUCAAAAAGAAAGUAAUAUUAACCAACAAAUAAAUACAAUCCAUUAUGAAAGGAUUGCUGGAUGGAUUGGCACACAUGCAUUCCAAAAAUAUAAUGCAUAGAGAUUUAAAACUCGAAAACAUACUCUUCAAAGAAUAAAACGACAUUAAUUCUGUAGUGAUAGCUGAUUUUGGUUUGGCAACAUUUGUAAAUCUGCCAGUCUAUCUGUAUUGUAGAUGUGGAACACCUGGUUUUGUAGCACCAGAAGUUAUAAAUAUUACAGAUAUGUCAACUACUUAUGACAGUGUUUGUGAUAUCUAUUCCUUAGGAUUAGUGUUCCACAUACUUUUGACAGGAAAACCAGGAUUUCCAGGAAGAAGCUAUAACACAAUUGUCCAAUAGAAUAAAGAUGCUAAAGUCAAUUUUAAGAGUCCUGUAUUUGAUGUGGUACCGCCAUAAGCAUUUGAACUAUUAAAAUAAAUGUUAGAGCCUAGUCCAAAGAAAAGAAUAACAGCUAAACAAGCUAUGGAAUUCGAAUUCAUAUACUUGUGUGAAGGAAAUCAAUAAAAUGUCUCUUCAGAGGAUGAUGGCAAUAUCGGAGAAGUUGAUGAUAAACCUGGAUUAAAUGCAAGAAUCCAAAAAAUUAAUGAUCAAGGUGCCACAUUUGAUAUGCUAAGAAUUAACCAAUUGACUAAUUCACCUUUAAAAUCACCAGUCAUGUAGGCUACGAAUAAAAUGAAAGAAGUUCAAAAUAAGGAUUAAUAAAUGAUCAUGAGAACUCCAGUUAUUACAGGUAGAACUGUAGGAUGUGAAGACUCUCCUAACACAACAAAUUAGUUUGUUUCGCCUAGUGUGCAAUUCAAAAAACUAUAAUAAAAUCAAUAAUAAGCCCCAACUGGAAACGUUUUAUUAAAGUACACCUAAAAACCAUAACAACAAUAACCAAAAGAUAACGAGGACGAAAAGAAAGAAUAGUCUAAUGUGGCCAAAUCAGUUAAAGCUGCUCUUAGUAAACAUAUUUGA